GUAGAAGAUUAGCGGUUUUACAUAUAUUCCUCUUUCACUACGUUGUUGCACCAUUUCUGUACGUUCCCUGAAGAGGCAAUUCGCGUCGUUUUUCUCUCUAUCAUUGUCGCCGUUUAUCCUUUUCGUCGGAACUUCGUAGAAUCAUCUAUUUCUACAGCCAUGGCUUCCGGCAACUUCAGCGACAAAAACGCUGUUUUUCGGAAGCUCAAAUCCAAGCCUGAAAACAAGAUGUGUUUCGAUUGCAAUGCUAAGAAUCCUACUUGGGCAUCCGUGACGUAUGGGAUCUUCUUGUGUAUUGAUUGUUCCGCAGUUCAUCGCAGCCUUGGCGUUCACAUCAGUUUCGUUAGAUCGACAAAUUUAGAUUCGUGGUCUCCAGAGCAGUUAAAAAUGAUGUACUUUGGUGGAAAUAACCGUGCUCAAGUUUUUUUCAAGCAGCAUGGAUGGAACGAUGGAGGCAAGACUGACUCCAAGUAUACCUCAAGGGCUGCUGACUUGUAUAGGCAGUUACUCUCAAAAGAAGUUGCUAAAAGUACUGCAGAGGAAGCAGCUUUGCAAGCAGCUUUGCCAGCAGCUUUGCCAGCAUCUCUUGUUGCUUCUCAGGCUGCACAGGCUACUAACGUAUUUCCGGAUAUUAAGACUAGGGAGCCUCCAAAAGAAACGUCUUCGUUGAAGGACGAAAAAACCGAGGUUACUGCUUCACCCAAAGCCUCUCAAGCUGUUACCACCUUUCUUAAGAAACCUACAGUUGCGAAGAAAGCUGGGAAGUCUGGAGGACUUGGAGCUCGCAAACUUACUAAAAAGUCUAGUGAAAGUCUCUAUGAGCAAAAGCCUGAAGAACCGCCUGUUCAAGUUCCCUCCUCCAAUGCUGCAAGUAAUGCACCAACUGUUGGUUCAUCAUUUGCGUCUCGUUUUGAGUACACAUACAAUGUCCAACCUGCGGAGACGAGUUCUGGAGGCUCUCGCGUUCUUAACCAUGUGGCCCCUCCAAAGUCCACCAGUUUUUUUUCAGAUUAUGGGAUGGAUAGUGGUUUCACAAAGAAGACGAGUUCCAAUUCUUCAAAAGUUCAAAUUGAGGAAACUGAUGAAGCAAGGAAGAAGUUUACUAAUGCCAAAUCCAUUUCAUCUGCUCAAUUCUUUGGUGAUCAGAGUAAAGCUGCAAAGGAAGCCUCAGUUUCUCUUCAGAAAUACUCGGGUUCAAGCGCCAUUUCUAGUGCUGACCUCUUUGGUCAAGAUGAUGGGGCAGCUUAUGAAAUAACUGCCGGCGAAUUAAUAAAUAGGAUCUCUUUCCAGGCACAACAGGAUAUGUCAUCUAUCAAAAAUAUUGCUGGAGAAACUGGGAAGAAGCUGUCCUCCUUAGCAUCCAAUUUGAUGUCUGAUCUUCAAGACAGAAUCCUGUGAGGAGAGACUCUUGUGUGUUAUAAAUGAAAUGGAGAUGACAGUAUCUAAAUAUUGCUUGUAGAGGUGAAAAAAGUACGACAUUCUUUCAGAAGAAGUAGAAUUCUAAGGCUCUUGAGAAGUUGGUGUCUCAUUCUAUAGCGCUUAAAGAUGCGUCUUUUAAAAUUUCCUAUUGUAAUGUGUUUUUUUGGUUGCCUUUUACACUUUUACUUGCCUUAAAGCUCAUAGAUGUUUGUGAGUCGAAUAUUUUGCGCUGUGUUAUGUGCUGCUGUUAGAGUUGAAAUAGAAAUCACCGACUUGUAAUCUAGCAAAAA